AGAUGCAACGCAAGCAAGGACUUCGUCACACUAAAACAGAUUCUGUGAGAGCCAAAUUUAUAAAUUACGAAGCAGAAAUGAAAAUCAAAGAACUUCCAGAGGUUUGCACCUAGAGAAAGACAAGAAGGACCCACUGCAAACAAGCAAACCCAGUCCAAACAACGCCUCCAGUAGGAAAAGAGGAAAACCGCUACCAGAGGACCCCCGAGCGGAGAGCAGACCUACAUACUGGGAGUGCAGGGCGCCUUAGAACCUCUGAGUGUGCUGCGGGCUGAGUUGCACUUCGCUGCUCUCUGGACAUUAAUUACACCCUUCACCUUCCAUUUGGGGGAGGGCAAGGAGAAAAGUGCUCACCUAAGCUGAAUAGAGAAGUGCUACCAGCGUGGGAGAGAAGUUUAAGAAUGAAACACUGAAUGUUUUGCUUUUAUUUUUAAAUUUACUUCGGCACUUAACAGACCUCAUUUCCAGAUUUCUGGACCAUCUCCGCUGCAGACGUCUAAGCCUAACCUCUUGGUAACCUGAAUUUUCCCGUCUCACCCUGUCUUUCCCCACCCCACCUCUUUCCCUUCAUCUCGCCCGCAGGCACAUCUUCAUUUCACUUAUCAAGAGAAGGGGGGGGGGGAGUCCCAGCAGGUACUUUUCUUUUUCAAAGAUCUUUUUUUUUCUCCCCUUCUUAUUUUCUGGAGAAGAAAAAAGCUUUCAAAAGACGGGAAAGAAAGCGCUAGGCGGCUGAAGCAUCAGCCGGUCAGCCCAGGUGGAAGCAAGAGUGAGAGUGGGGCUCAGGGGGAGCGCAGUGCCUCUUUCGCAAGCCGCAGGGCCACCACCAGCGCCUGAGCCUUGGAUCCCUCAACGUAUUGCGAGACGCCGGUGUACAGCCCGGACCUGUGCCCCAACAUGAUCGCCGCUCAGGCCAAGCUGGUUUACCAGCUCAACAAAUACUACACCGAGCGCUGCCAGGCGCGCAAGGCGGCCAUCGCCAAGACCAUCCGAGAGGUCUGUAAGGUGGUCUCGGACGUGCUCAAGGAGGUGGAGGUGCAGGAGCCUCGCUUCAUCAGCUCCCUGAGCGAGAUCGAUGCCCGCUACGAGGGUCUGGAGGUCAUCUCGCCCACGGAAUUCGAGGUGGUGCUCUACCUAAACCAGAUGGGCGUCUUCAACUUCGUGGACGACGGCUCGCUGCCCGGCUGCGCGGUGCUCAAACUGAGCGACGGGCGGAAGCGGAGCAUGUCUCUCUGGGUCGAGUUCAUCACAGCGUCCGGCUACCUCUCGGCACGCAAGAUCCGCUCCCGUUUCCAGACGCUGGUGGCUCAGGCGGUGGACAAGUGCAGCUACCGGGACGUGGUCAAGAUGAUCGCGGACACCAGCGAGGUCAAGUUGCGCAUCAGGGAGCGCUACGUGGUGCAAAUCACUCCUGCGUUCAAGUGCACCGGUAUCUGGCCCCGCAGCGCGGCGCAGUGGCCGAUGCCCCACAUCCCCUGGCCUGGCCCCAAUCGGGUGGCGGAGGUCAAGGCCGAAGGGUUCAACUUGCUCUCUAAGGAGUGCUACUCGCUGACCGGCAAGCAGAGCUCCGCCGAGAGCGACGCCUGGGUGCUCCAGUUCGGGGAGGCUGAAAACCGCCUGCUGAUGGGCGGCUGCCGAAACAAGUGUCUCUCGGUGCUGAAGACGCUGCGGGACCGCCACCUGGAGCUGCCGGGCCAGCCGCUCAACAACUACCACAUGAAGACGCUGCUGCUAUACGAGUGCGAGAAGCACCCGCGGGAGACGGACUGGGACGAGGCGUGCCUGGGGGACCGGCUCAACGGCAUCCUGCUGCAGCUCAUCUCCUGCCUGCAGUGCCGCCGCUGCCCGCACUACUUUCUGCCCAACCUCGACCUCUUCCAGGGCAAGCCCCACUCGGCCCUGGAGAGCGCUGCCAAGCAGACCUGGAGGCUGGCCAGGGAAAUUCUCACCAAUCCCAAAAGCCUGGACAAGCUAUAGGGUGCCGGGGACUGCUUGAAAAGCGACACGGACGGGAAUGCUCUCGAACACACGACAGACACACAACUCGGCGACAAACUGCGAGAACUCCAGACACAAACUUUUCUGUCAGCCACCUAAGAGGAACGGAACCCGGCAGAAGACUUCCUUAAUUCACAAGCAAACAAAAAGGAGAGCAGACCCACCACCCAACCAAAAUCACAUUCUUGCACACAAGUGAUCGUUUUCUUCCAAACAAUGUGAAUUUAAAAGGUCACACAAAAGAAGCAAUCGGACUUUGCCACCACAGAAUGAAACCCAAGGUACAUUUUCAAAUCAAAAUAUAGUCGUUUCUCCCUUUUCCUUCUCUCCCCUUCUUCUCUCUCUCCCUCUCCCACCCUCCCCACUUUGUUUUGGGUUGCCUGAAUGUUGUCACCAAGUGAAAAAAAAAAAGUAUUUAAUUAUAUGUAAAAUUCCUCUUUUAAACAAAGUUUUGCUGAUGUUAACUGUAUCUCAGUGCCAAUGUCAAAUGUGCCCCUCCUUCUCCCACACCUUUUCCCUCACCCUAAGCAGUCUUGUUGAAAACAGUAAUAAAAAUAUGACUUUACAUUGUAA